CUAGCUUCGCGGCGGAGAUGAUGACGCCGACGCUGAUGAGGCUGGUGCUGGCGCUCACGGCGGUCGGGUGUUGCGCCGCUCGACAGGCGUCCGGCCGCGUCGACCUGUGGCCAAUGCCGGCGUCCGUUAGCCGCGGGGCCAGGAUGCUUUACAUCGCCAAGGACCUCAAGCUGACGACGGCUGGGGCCGGGUACAAGGACGGGAAGGCCAUCCUGGCCGACGCCUUCAGGAGGAUGGUGGCCGCCAUCCAGCUGGACCACGCCAUCAAUGGAAGCUACGACGACCUUCCUGUGCUCGCCGGUGUCAAUGUGGUCGUCCGUUCCCCGGACGACGAGUUCGGGGUGGAUGAAUCAUACAGGCUGACCAUGCCUUCAACCGGGAGUCCCCUAUAUGCCCGAAUUGAGGUGUGGUGCUAAGAUUGGUGGAGAUUUGGGGUCGUCAAGCCAGGACCUUGAUGGGAUUCUUGGAUUUGGUCAGUCAAAUUCAUCCAUGCUGUCACAGUUAGCAGCUGCAGGAAAAGUGAGGAAGGUCUUCGCACAUUGCUUGGACACCAUAAAUGGUGGAGGAAUUUUCGCUAUUGGGGAUGUCGUGCAGCCAAAAGUGAGCACAACGCCG